ACGUUGCUCAAGAAAAUGUCGUUUACAUUUAGAUUAGUUACAACAAUGAGAUCGAUGUAUGUUUUCAUUUCGAUCGUCGUGCUCUACAGCACUUUUGUGAAAGCCCAGUAUACAAAUUGUACACAGUUUAACGUUACUAAUAACAGCAGCGCGAGGCUUCCACAACUUGCAAUGAGCUUCGUAACAACAAUUGAAUGCAAGAUUUUAAAUAAAAAUCGAAGUAUAACCUUGAACGAAUACUUUAACUACAAUGCUAGAAAAUACGCAAUUGAAACGGAAAACAUCAAACAGAUUGUUGAUUAUGACUUGAAAGAAAAACGCUUAAUCAAUACAACCAAUGGUAUUAAUAAGUGUAUUAGAGUUAGUAAGUUACCCGAGCGGAACCAUCCGGGUAUCGUAUUUGGCGAACAUAUUCCAAGUACUUCAGAUAUCUUGCACUUCGGAAAGAAGUAUGGAGAGAAGUAUAUGGGUCAAGCUACCGUUCGCAAUAUAAGAUGCAUCCGAUGGCAAUCUUGCUUAGUGACGAAUCAUUCAAAUUAUUUGAUCGACUACUACUUCAAGGAAGACGCAAGAAACAUACCAGUACGGUGUGAAGUCAGAGGGUUUCAUGUAAGAAACGAAACCAAAAGAAAUGUGCAUAAUGUUUACGAUUUUUUCAACUUUCGAAUUGGUUCACCACCUGGACAUGCAUUUCGCUCGCCACCAGGGACAUACUGUAAAAAUGUUGUGAAGCAGGCAUCUAUGCCUGAAAUACCUGAUCUUUUCUCAUAUUCAUUGGAAUUCCAUACUAUACAGAAAUCAAAUCUCGAAGUCAGUAAUUCAAAGAUAUAUUACGACUUUCGGAAUGAAAUCUUUCGAUAUGACCACACCGUUCAAUCCGAAGGUCAAUGGAGGCACGUGAAGGAAAUACACAACAAAAAACAAGGUGCCAAAUUUAUGAUUUACUCACCGUUUGAAUGUAACAUCACUCCUCUAAGCUCGAAUGAAGAUGUUGAAACCAAAGAAUAUGUCGACAAUCAUAUCAACAUGAAACUAGCUGUAAAUCACGUCAAAACACAGGGGGCUCAAUAUUCGUAUGAAGGGACUGAUAUUGUAAGAAACAUGAAUGCUGAUGUGUGGAUAUACAUACGAAAUGUCACAUCUAAGUCGCAUUUAAACCGGAUUGAGUGGUAUUUUUUAAAAGAAGAUCCUGCUAAACGUCGGCCCAAGCAAGCUGCUGUUCCCCUUAAAGUCGUUGGAUACUAUGGAAAUGAAGCUAACAUGCAAUUUACCGUACAUAUAUUCAAAUUCAAUACAGAAUGGAAUACAGAAAGCAUUAUCAACCCAAUUCGACAUUGUCUUGAACUUUCUUCAUCGCUGUAUGUCAUUACAUUUUUUAUUUCUGGACUACCAAAGGACAGAUCAGAUGCUAUUACGAGGCCUCAAGACUUAGUCGGAGAUUUGCUUCUUUUGUUUGCAAAAGCCGCCAACGUUACAGCAGACAGACUGGCUAUUGAGCUUGUGGUAGCUUCCCAGAUCGAUGUUCGCCUGAGUAUUCUUGGUUGGCCGCUAAAAAACGAUGCACCACCAAAGAAUUUUAAGCCCGCUGUUGAUGUAGCAGCUAAAGUAGAAGAUUUUAUUGUUAACGGAGAUGUUUCUGUUACAUUUUCUAAUAAAGAAACCGGGAAGAAUUACACCGGCAACUUUACUAAAACAUACUUUGAUGGAAAGUCAAUGAAGUAUUUUUCCGGGGAUAAAGUGCCUCGAAAGUGCGAGGAAAAAGUGCCUCGAAAGUGCAAAAGUUUUAAACGAGAAAGAACUGGCUGGGGAAUGGGAGUAAUGUUUUCCUUCCUAACUGGCUUGUUUGUCAUGUUUCUUGUUUUGCAUUUGAUACUGAGACGAAACGGUCAUUCUCUGAAGAGAUUGAUGAAAGAGUACGGAAAGUUUGGAAAGGAUAAUGAAGGCAAUGCAACUGCCACCGAAAUGUCCAACAAAACUGCUUCAUCUCCCACUGAUGUUGAAAACGAAUCGUAGACAACAUGCAACCUGGGGAGAAAAAGCUUAUGCCGUGGAAAUAGCACCCUCAAAAACAUCUCUUUGAUUUAAAUAAAUAAUGUUUCAGUAAAGUACUUCUGCACUAUCGUACACAUACACAAGAAUAAACAGUUUCCUUUUUUUUAAAUUAACAUAAGAUUGUAAAUUAAUCUUUGUAUCAGUUGGUAAUGUCUCGGAAACUUAAAUGCACAACGAUAUGUCGAAGAA